AAUCCUCGAUUCAUUGGCUAAGCUUGUCAAAUGUCUUCAAAAUUCUCUUUUGGAGAUGGUGAUUCAAAAAGGGUCAAAUGGGUGUUGGCUGUUCGUCAUGUUCUGUCUCCCUCUCUUUGCCCACUAAUAUCCCCUCUGCUCUCGUUCCAUUCUCUCCCUGCAAAUCAAAAUCAAACUCUUCUUUUAAUCCCAAUAUUAACAUUUUUCACACCCAAAGCCACAAUCUCUCCUCCACAGCCAUGACACAGUCCCAGGUUCCCUCUUCAUCUUCUCUCAACUGUGUCAGAGUGGGGGAAAUCGAGAUCCAGGAGGAAAAUACCACAAGACCCAUUUUUAAUCCUUCUAAUAUUGAUCAAGGAUUGCUUCAGAGGUUGGUGUAUGAUUCUUUGGUUUGGAGUUCUCUUCAUGGGCUUCUUGUUGGUGACAGAAACGUCCAGAGAUCAGGAACAGUCCCAGGCGUGGGUCUGGUUCAUGCUCCAAUUACUUUAUUGCCUAUGUCAUUUCCAGAAAGUUAUUGGAGGCAAGCAUGUGAACUAGCACCCAUUUUUAAUGAACUCAUAGAUCGCGUGAGCUUGGAUGGAAAAUUUCUACAGGACUCGCUAUGCAGAGCUAAAAAAGUGGAUGAUUUCACUUCUCGACUCUUGGACAUACACUCCAAGAUGCUAGAUAUCAAUAAAAAAGAGGAAAUACGCUUGGGCUUACAUCGCUCUGAUUAUAUGCUUGACCAACAGACUAAAUUGCUUCUUCAAAUAGAGCUCAACACUAUUUCAUCUUCAUUUCCUGGGCUGGGUUGUCUUGUCAGUGAGCUCCACAGAAAUUUGCUGAAUCAGUAUAAAGAAUACCUUGGAUUGGAUUUCAAUAGAGUCCCUGGCAACACUACUGCCAGUAGAUUUGCAGAGGCCUUGGCUAAAGCUUGGAAUGAAUAUAAUAACCAUAGGGCUGCAGUCAUGGUUGUUGUUCAAUCUGAAGAACACAACAUGUAUGACCAACACUGGCUUUCUGCUCUUAAUAAUACACAUGGUGUGAAGAGUAUCCGGAAAACAAUGGCAGAAAUUGAUGCAGAGGGGAAGCUUUUACCAGAUGGAACACUUAUAUUAGAUGGCCAAGUAGUUGCAGUCAUUUAUUUUAGGGCUGGCUAUGCCCCAACUGAUUAUCCUUCAGAAUCAGAAUGGAGAGCUAGGCUCUUGAUGGAGCAGUCAUCUGCCAUCAAGUGCCCAUCAAUCUCUUAUCAUUUAGCAGGCACCAAGAAGAUUCAACAAGAACUUGCAAAACCUGGUGUGCUUGAGAGGUUCCUUGAGAACAAAGAAGAUAUUGCAAAAUUGCAGCAGUGCUUUGCUGGGUUGUGGAGUCUAGAUGACUUGGAUAUUGUGAGAGAUGCUAUUGCGAGGCCUGAGUUAUUUGUAAUGAAGCCCCAAAGAGAAGGCGGAGGAAACAAUAUCUAUGGUGAUGACGUGAGAGAAACCCUACAAAGAUUGCAAGCAGAAGGGAAUGAAAGAGAUGCUGCUUACAUCCUUAUGCAAAGAAUUUUCCCAACUAUUUCACCUACAUAUCUAAUACGAGAUGGAGUUUGUCACAAAGAAGAGGUCAUAUCAGAACUUGGGAUAUAUGGUGCUUAUCUAAGGAACAACGAAAAGGUGAUCGUGAAUGACCAUAGUGGUUACUUGCUGCGGACAAAGGUCUCUUCAUCAAAUGAGGGCGGGGUUGCUGCUGGAUUUGCAGUCUUGGAUAGUAUUUAUUUGACUUGAUGGAAGCUAAUCUCUGAAUAAUUCCAAUCAUGUUUGUGUUUAAAGACGCAGACUUUGAUAAUACUUGGCAUGAGAGGGAACUGUUGCUGGAACUUACUGUUAUUCAGGUGAAGUUUCCAUAGCUUUGCUUGCUCAUCUUUGGAGGAUUGACUGAGAUUGACAAUUUGCUUUUGCUUUAGGCAAUUUGGUUGUAGCGGAUAGGGGGAUGUGCAAGUUUUCUUUUGAUAAUUUAUUAAAAUACAUGCCUGUCUGUCAAUGUUAGCAUUGAUUCAGAUAUUUACCUCUUGGGAAAAGAUUUUAGAAUGAACUCCACGCUUCCAAGUUUACCUUGAAAUUCUGCUAUUAGAAUUACAAGAGGAAGACUCUUCUUGGACUUAUACUUUUGUUAUCAGAAAUAUGAAAGAGCUACACAUGCAGUUUUUGUGAGGUACAAAGUGUCCAGCUUCUGCAAAUGUUUGGUGCAGGGGAAGGCUUAAAAUAACAUAGAAGACUUGUUGAAAUCUUUUGACUAAGGCACUAGCAAAUUAAUUUUUAUAUUAGGGAUAUAUAUAUAUUUCAAGACAGGGGACUCUUUAUUUCACAUGAGAAAUGUCAGAUAUUUUGCUUCCUUUGUUAUGUAUGUGUUUGUUACCUUGGU